CCCCCCCCCCCCCCAAAUAAAUCACCUUCCCCACAAACUACUCUCUGUUGUCCGCGCUCUUUACUAUCUCCUCCCAUUCUCCCCCGUCUUAUAUUCGCAUUUCUGUUCUGGGGUUGUCUUUUCAAGCUUCUCCCUCCCAUCUCCAACUUCCCGACUGUCCGUUUACCAACCGAAACCCCCCCAGACCCAAUCACACAAUGAGUGCACGCGACUUGGUUGAGGGGGAGGCGAUGAUCGAUGACGAUGAAAAUGACGAGGAGUUGGCCGACGACUAUGACGGUGAGGUUCGGGAGGGUGCUGGCACCAUUAACAAUCAAUACGACUCCAGUGAAGAAGAAGAGGAAGAUGAUGACGAUGAAGAAGCCGCCCGUGCUGUACGCGAAGGUUUCAUUGUCGACGAGGAUGAAGAAUUAGAAGAGCGCGCCGAGCGCCGACGGGAGAAGAGGAAACAGAGAGAUCGGGAGCGGGAGGAUGAGCACCUGGAUGAAGAAGAUCUAGAACUCAUCGGUGAACUACCUCCGAGGUUCCAGUCUUCAUCCGCAGCAGAGCCCAAAUUCAAGCGCCUCAAGCGUGGCCACAAAGAUCGCGAUCUACGACAGCCAUCUCAAGGUAUCGACGAUAUCUUCAAUUCCGACGAGGAUGAGGAGCCCGCCGGCGACUAUGGACGGUCCGGCCACCGCCGACCCAUGCACGACGAGAUGGACGAUUUUAUCGAGGAGGAUGUCUUUUCCGACGAGGAAGUCCAACGUGAGCGCGAGGAUUAUGAGGUUGCCCGCGCGUCCAAGGGCGGUCUGGGCGUUACGGACGCCACGGGUCUCGAUGAAAACGCCCUCGAUGAUAUGCGCGCCGCCUUCGGAGAUGGCAACGAGUACCUGUUUGCCCUCGAGAUGGAGGAGCAAGAAGAGGAACAGGAAGAGGACGAGGAGAAGCAUCUGGAUCUCAAGGACGUUUUUGAACCAUCGCAGCUGGCUGAGAAGAUGUUGACGGAAGAGGAUAAUCAGAUCCGGUUACUCGAUGAGCCUGAACGCCAUCAGAUCGCUCGUAAACCGUACCGCAACGUGGUGUUGACGGAGGACCAAUUCCGAGAAGAGGCGAUUUGGAUCUCGAACUUGAUGCUCCUCAAGAAGCGCAUUGAGCCCGAGCUGCGUGAUCCCUUCCAGCGGUCGGUUGCCAAGGUGCUCGAAUUCCUCGUCACCGACGACUGGGAAGUCCCUUUUAUCUUCCAGCAUCGGAAGGACUAUAUGAUCCAUGCGGUCAAGGUCCCUGUCGAUGGGGCUGGCCCCGAUGCCGAUGCCUCGCAAUUCACCACCAAGGCGGAAAAGCUUCUGAACAUGACCGACCUCUGGGAAAUCUUCGACAACGACCUCAAAUUCAAAGCGCUGGUGGAGAAACGUACGACCAUCCAGAAAACCUACGACAACUUGCAAAGUCUGUUCAACAUCAACGAUGAGAUCGUUUUCGAGAUGCUAUCCACCGCUACCAGCAUGGAGGAGUUACAGGACGUCCAAGAUUACCUCCACUUUCAGUACGCUUCUCAAUUGCGCGAUUUGACCCUCGCCAAUGGGGACAGCACCGGGGAGACUCAUCGCCGAAAAGCGACCAGCAAGACAUUCUUCGAGCGCGUCCGGAACGGCAAGGCGUACGGCUUGGUUCGUGCCUUCGGCAUCACAGCUGAUGCCUUCGCCCAGAAUGCGCUAAAGGAAGGCCGCCGGCAAUAUACCGAGGAUCCCGCCGAGCGUCCGGAAGAGCUGGCCGAUUCGUUCGUGGACAACGACUUCUCAAACUCCUCUCAUGUUGUCAAGGCUGCGAAGACCAUGCUGGCCGAGGAGAUCGUUAUGAGUCCCAAGAUGCGCAAGGUGGUCCGACAGGCGUACUACAUGAGCGGUGUCGUGGACUGCUUCCGAACAGAGAAGGGCUUGCGCCGCAUUGACGAGCAGCACCCGUACUAUGAAUUCAAGUAUCUCCGGAACCAACAGUUAAGCGACAUUGCCCGCCGGCCCGAGAUGUACCUGCGCAUGCUCAAAGCUGAAGAGGAGGGCCUGGUCGAGGUUAAGGUCCGCUUUGAGAACUUUGACCACUUCCGGCAGCGUCUGUAUGCAGACAUCGAAUCUGAUAACUACAGUGAGCUGGCGGACGUCUGGAACCGCACUCGACGCGACGUGGUGGAUCUGGCGCUGGGCAAGUUGGAGCGGUUGAUCAAUCGCAGUGUGAAGGAGAACCUCCGCCAAGAGUGUGAGAACUCGGUGGCGAAGGAAUGCCGCGAAACCUUCUCUUAUCGUCUCGAUCAGGCUCCAUACAAGCCCAAGGGAAUGGUUCUGGGCACCGUCCCCCGCGUGCUGACUCUUUCCACUGGCUCCGGCGUGGUGGGGCGAGAGCCCAUUCACUGGGCUUACGUCGAAGAAGAUGGCCGGGUUCUCGAGAACGGGAAGUUCGUGGACCUCUCAGUUGGAGAUCGGGAACGCAAUGUAGCCGAUGGCAAGGAUGUUGAUGCCUUUAUCAGCUUGGUGGGCCGUCGCCGUCCGGAUGUCAUCGGUGUCUCCGGCAACACGCCGGAAACGCGCCGCCUGUACAAGUUGUUGACCGAGUUGGUGGACAAGCGUAACCUAUGCGGCGCGCCUUAUACUGAUGACCGGGACGAGACAGCCACGGAUCCAUUGGAGGUGGUGAUUGUCAACGACGAGGUGGCUCGUCUCUAUCAGCACAGUGAGCGCGCGAAGAAGGAUCAUCCUAGUUUUGGACCUCUGACGCAUUACUGUGUUGCAUUGGCCAAGUAUCUACAGAGUCCUCUCAAGGAAUAUGCCUCGCUCGGCCGUGACAUUGUGUCGAUUCAGUUCAAGCCGGGCCAGCAGCUGAUCUCCCAAGAUCUGCUAUUGAAGCAACUCGAGACGGCACUGGUUGAUAUGGUCAACCUGGUCGGCGUUGACCUCAACGAGGCCGUGACGGACCCGGCGACCGCUAAUCUGCUGCCCUAUGUCUGUGGCUUGGGUCCCCGCAAGGCAGCCCAUUUGCUGAAGAUCGUGAACAUGAACGGCGGCGUGGUGAACAAUCGCGUCGAGCUCUUAGGUGUCAAUGCGCAAUACCCGGCCAUGGGCGUUAAAGUAUGGAACAACUGCGCCAGUUUCUUGUAUAUCGACUUUGAGAAUGCCGAUCCGGACGCUGACCCCCUUGAUAACACUCGGGUGCAUCCGGAAGACUACGACAUCGCGCGCAAGAUGGCGGCCGAUGCGCUGGAAUUGGACGAGGAAGAUAUCAAGGCCGAAACCGACGAGAACGGUUCCGGAGCGAUCGUGCGCAAGCUCUUCCGCGAGGAAGCACAGGAUCGGGUGAACGACUUGAUUCUGGAAGAAUAUGCAGAGCAGUUGGAGAAGAACUUGAACCAACGCAAGCGGGCGACGCUCGAAACGAUUCGCGCCGAGUUGCAGCAACCAUACGAAGAACUGCGGAAACAAUAUGUUUUCCUCGGCACUGAUGAGAUCUUCACGAUGCUCACGGGCGAGACGACAGAGACUCUUGCGGAGGGAAUGGUGGUGCCGAUCUCGAUCAAACGCGUGACCGAUGAUCACAUCGAUGGCAAGCUAGACUGUGGCAUUGAUGCGCUUGUCCCGGAGUCGGAGUUGACGGAUCGUUACGACAUUCCUGUGCGAGCACUGUACCAGCCGCAUCAAACGGUCCCCGCCAAGAUUUUGUUCUUGAACCGGAAGACAUUUUCGUGUAAUGUGUCGCUACGCGAGGAGCAGGUCAGCCGGCCGACCAGCAGAAUCCCGGGCGAUCGGAUGCAGAGUGAAUGGGAUGAUCGACAAGAGCAUGAGGACCGAGAGGCUAUGCAGGAGAAGACUCAGAGUGGUGGCCGCACGAUGCGUGUCAUCAAGCACCCCUUGUUCCGGCCGUUCAACUCCACGCAGGCUGAGGAGUUUCUGGGCUCCCAAAGUCGUGGGGACGUGGUGAUCCGGCCUUCUUCUAAAGGACCAGAUCAUCUGGCUGUCACGUGGAAGGUGGCAGAUGGCGUCUUCCAACAUAUCGAUGUCCUCGAGCUCGAUAAGGAGAACGAAUUCUCGGUUGGUCGCACCUUGAAGGUGGGCGGUCGCUAUACUUACAGUGAUCUGGACGAUUUGAUUUUCAACCAUGUCAAGGCCAUGGCCAAGAAGGUAGACGAGAUGAUGCUGCAUGAGAAGUAUCAGGACGGGACUCGGGAUGCUACAUACUCCUGGUUGGAAACCUACACCAAGGCCAAUCCACGCCGGUCGGCGUAUGCAUUCUGCCUGGAUCCCAAGCAUGCCGGCUACUUCUUCCUGUGCUUCAAGGCGGGUGAGAAUGCACAAACCCACAGUUGGCCGGUGAAGGUAAUCCCUCAGGGAUAUGAGUUGCAGCGCAACCCGUACCCAGACAUGCGGGCAUUGUGCAAUGGCUUCAAGUUGCUAUUCACAAAUAUGCAAGCGGGUCGGCGUCGUUAAGAUCGGGAUUGUCCUUUUUUUUUCCCAUUUGUAUGUAUACCUCUGUAAUAUUGAGUGGUGUGGUGG